CAGUAAAGUGCGGUUCGCAAGUUCGAAAGCGUGCGCGGCGGUGUGAGACUCUUGCCGGUUUUGUUCCAAAACUGUACGGUGGCAACAACGGUGUACUUAAUUUCACAUACUUAAACUUAAGCAGUUAUGGACAAAGGAACAAAGACCACUACCAAGCCUAACCCGGUAGAAAAUGCCAAUGUACUUUCUAGGUUACUUUUUCUAUACAUGCUGCCAAUUUUCAAACAAGCCUACAAAGAGAACUUAACAGAAGAUGGACUUUUCGGGCCACUUAAAGAACACAAAUCUAGUUAUAUAGGAGCAAAGUUAGAAAGAAUUUGGAAAGAAGAAUUUAGGAAAAGUAAAAAAUAUGCAUUACAUCGUGCCUUGGUCAGAGCGUACGGUGUUUUAUUUGCCAUAUAUGGUGUGAUAAAAUUGAUAGAUGAAAUUAUGGUGGUAAUAGUGAUGCCUUCAUGUGUGAGAAACCUAGUCAGCUAUUUCCAAACAGGGCAAACGCAAAUUUCAAUUGAAGAAGCAUACAUUUAUGCUGGAGCCUUAGUGAUGUGCCUUGUAGUCAAUUCAAUAAUAGCUCAUCCAAGUAUUAUGGGAAUACAGCAUUUAUCUCAGAAAAUCAGAGUAUCGUGCAGUUCGUUAUUAUACAGAAAAAUCUUGCGGUUAAGUAGAUCUUCUCUCGGAAAAACCACCGUUGGCCAUAUGGUAAACCUGUUAUCGAACGACUUGAGUAAAUUCGACCAAACGUUCAUCUUGGCCCACUACAGCUGGGUAGGACCCAUACAGGUUGCAGUUGGGACGUACAUGCUUUAUCGAGAAAUGCAAGUUGCCGCACUCAUCGGAAUUGCCUUUUUAGUUGCUAUAGUGCCGUUGCAAAUCUAUCUUGCCAAGAGGAACUCUGUGUUAAGACUAAAAACUGCCUUAAGAACCGAUGAACGAGUGCGUUUGAUGAACGAGAUAUUAUCUGGAAUGCAGGUUAUCAAGAUGUACUGUUGGGAAAAACCGUUCGCAGAUGUUGUUGCUUUUGCAAGAAGGCAAGAAAUGAAAGUAAUCCGUUCGCACUCUUGCUUGUUAUCCUUCCUCUACUCGUUCGAGUCGUUCGUUUCCCGUACGGCCAUCUUCAUCACGAUCUUAGCCUACGUCUUCCAAGGAAACUACAUCACCGCCGAGAAAGUCUUCGCAAUCACCGUCAUUUACAACGCCUUGAGAACCGUCAUAACGAUACUAUUCUCACUUAGUAUGUCCAGCAUCGCCGAAGUCCACGUCUCGAUAAACAGGGUGCAAGAAAUCCUCAGUCUCGAAGAAAAUGUAGAAGAAGAUCCUUUAGAGAUAAGCGAGAAAGGAAAGAAAGAUAAAGUUGCUAAUGGUGUGACCAAUACUAAGAUGAAUGUGAUAAAAAGAGAUGACGAACCUCCGAAGAUCGUGCUUGAAAAAGUAUACGCCACUUGGGUGGGUGAUUCUACCGAAGACACGUUGAACAACAUCAGCCUCGAGGUAUCACCAGGACAAUUGGUAGCGAUAGUGGGUCCAGUGGGAAGUGGAAAAAGCAGCAUACUGAGCUUGUUGUUGAAUGAGUUACCUCGGAAAUCGGGACGGAUAGACGUGGUCGGAGAGAUUUCUUUUGCUCCCAAGAACCAUGGUUGUUUUGCGAUACAGUCAGGAAUAAUAUACUGUUUGGAUCUCCGUACCAUGAAGAUCGCUACAAGAGGAUAGUGGAAGUAUGCGCGUUGAAGUCGGACUUCGAGCUGUUUCCUUACGGAGAUAGAACUCUUGUAGGUGAAAAAGGCAAGUCCUUGAGCGGCGGCCAAAAAGCGAGAAUAAACCUUGCCCGUUGCCUGUACAAAGAAGCAGACAUCUAUCUGCUUGACGACCCUCUGUCAGCUGUGGACGCUAACGUUGGAAAACAUCUGUACGAAAAGUGCAUUCGAAGAUUUCUCAAAGACAAAAUCCGCAUUUUGGUAACGCAUCAGUUGCAGUACCUACACAAUGCGGACAAGAUAGUCGUAUUGAACGACGGUGAAAUUCUGAUGCAAGGGAAAUACGCAGAGUUGAAGAGCAGUGGCUUGAAUUUCACGAAGUUGCUAGAAGAGCAUAAUGCUGAAGAGGCUGAAGAACAAAAGAAGAAGGUAAAAUCAAGGCAAAAUUCAGAAAUAGCUUUAGAAGAAGUAUUGAAGAGCAAUACUGGACAAAGAAGGACAAGAGAGUGGAAAUGUGAAACCAAGUACUUACUGGAAAUACUUCAAAGCAGGAGGUGGUACUGUUCAUUUGGUAAUUAUGUGCAUACUUUUCAUUGGCGCACAAGUUUUUGCCAAUGGUGGAGAAUACUAUUUGAGCUACUG